CAGUAUUGCAUUCCUUAGAGUUGGACACGACACAACCCAUCAAAACUCGGACUCUCUGCUUUCUCAGAUGUCCAAACGAAAACCCAAUAAUGCCAAAAUCAAAAUGCACUGCCUGAACUCCACAACGCCCUCCUUUAGAUCUUCCCAUUCCCUUUCAUAGAUCUUUCCAACCUCCUAAAAAAUGGGCUCCAACCAGUCCGUGCAAGGAGUUGAAGAAGAAAGCCAAGACGAAGAAGACGAGGAGGAAGAAGAAGACAACAAUGAAGAAGGAUCCAACAUAAGGGAACUCGAAAAUAAACACUUGGUCAAGAAAGAACUCGAACAAGAACCCGAAAUGUUACCCUGCUACGCAUCAGCAUCCCCUCUCUCUCCACAACUAUCUUCAUUGGGUACUCCUAGGAUAGGUCCCUCAAUCAAAGUGUGGGACCCAUAUAAUGUUUUAGCUCGACCUCCUCCGCUGCCUCCUCCGGUUUUCUCACGGAGUUUUUCCUUGGAUGAAGAUCGAAUGGUGAUUGAGGUCUAUUUGAUUAGCCAUGGAGAGUGUGAAUUGAAUUUGAGGCCUGAUAUUGUGGGUGGAAGAUGCGACGGAGCCGCCUUGACCCCUAACGGGAAGCGACAAACGAGGGCAUUGGCUGUGUUCCUAAAUUCUCAAGGGGUGAGGUUUAAUGCGAUUUAUUGUUCUCCGUUGGAUCGGGCUAGAUCGAUGGCUCUUUCUGUUUGCAAGGAGAUGAAUUUUGCAGAGGCACAGAUACAAUCCUCUGACGCACUUAUGGAUCUGAAUAUGGGGCACUGGGAGGGUUGCCCUCGAUCAGAAAUAUAUACACAUGAAGUUUUGAGUCUAAUGGAAAGAUACCAGCCUGAUUUUUCUGCUCCUUCUGGAGAAUCUCUCAGGCAGCUGGAAUUUCGAAUGGUUCAAUUCUUGAAUGGGACGGUCCUCGGACUUCCUGAAAAGUUGAGAUAUGAUUUUUCCUUACACCAAAACGAGAGUCGAGGAUCUACACACCAUAACAUUCAUGCUCUAACCAACUCAGUUCAUGACAGAGAUGUAACUUCUCUUCCACCACCCCAUUGGGGCAUGCUUCAAAGGCAGCGACAUGGGCUAUCAAGGAAGAAGUCUGGUAAGAGCAGGCUACAAUUUGUGUCGAAUAUUGGUGAAAAUGAUGCUGAUGAUGAAAUGUCUCCUCGGAAGGCCAAUUAUCAGCCUGACCUUCAUGACAUAAAUGUCAGGAGUUCCUCUUCCCCCUCCACCUCCUCAGCCUCCUCUUCUGUUGGCAUUUUCACUCAUUCCCUGCCAAUUAAGUGUCUCAUCACCGGCCUUCUUGACUGCAGCCCUGUAAUGUCACGUAAGAUCUGCAUAGAAGACUCUUCUGUGACUGUAUUACAGCAUUCAUGGAAAACAGGCUGGCAGAUAAAACGCUUGAAUGAUACUACACAUUUUAGGCUUCUUUAGUUGGAGUUUGAGACUUCAUAUUAUCAUAUAGCAGAAUAUGGCAUUUCUAUGAUUCAUUCAUCCUAGUUGUAUACUGCAACUCAUGCUUUAACAUUUUAUUCUUCUACACUAUGUUUUAGCAUUCAAAUUUCAAUAUAUUUAAUUCAAAAUUCAUCAUAUCCAAAGAGACGAGUUCUGUAGGAAGUUAGAUCUUUGAAUUGGAUGAUUCUUUUGAUUUGUAGUGUUUUGACAGCUGAUUUUAUGGAGUGAAUUUAUAAUGUAAUUCCUGUACUGGGUUAACAUGAUUUUGUUCAUGUAUAGAAAAUUGUGAUGAACUUGCAUUUUAUUUCGAUUCAUUUACCUUAAUCUUGUGUGUUC